GGAAAAAACCGCGAAAGGCCUCCAUUGAGUGACGAGAACCUGUUGUGUUAUUAUUAUUGUUAUGAUUUAACUGAAAUUUGAGCUAAUUUUGCCAGUGAUAUUUUUUUCAUUUCUAAAAUGAAUGACUCUGUUAUUCCGAGUCCACGACCAACUCCUCGUUUUUAUCCAGAACCACAGACUUUUUCCACUAAAAAGGUAAGCAACUUAACUUCAGCUUUACUCCAUUUUUAAUAUCAUGGUUAAAAAAAAAUGGGCCUCGGCACCCACCCUUUAGUAGAAUAUUAUAUCUAUAUUUAAUUUUGAUUUUACAUAACCUAGGCUACACUCCACAAUCGCUGGCUCCCAUAUAUUUUUUUAAUAAUUAUAGUGCUAUAUAAAUUGGUGGAAUUCGUGCCGUAGACUUAGAACUAGCAAAAUCAAUCUAUUAUUUUCGAUGUGACAGCCCCUCCGACUGUCACCCUGUCGGAGCCCUGUCCCCAAAGAUGGAAACUUUUCAUAUAUGAGACUAGUUUUUCACAUCACGGGGACAUGAUUAAUGCUGAUCCUAAACUGAAAUUAAACACUUUUUAAGCCUUAAUUUUAAAUUAAUUAUUUUACUUUUACAUGUUAGAUUAAUUAAUUAAUCACUAAGUUACCAUAUAUCUACAUACUAGUAGUACUAGUGAUGAUUAGUCUAGUCCAUCUAAGCCUAAGCACUCUACAUGUCAUUGUUAUUUAAUUUCAUUUAAAUAAAUUCUAGUCAGUUUCAAUGUCCAUGUAAGUGUAGACUGUAGUGUCUAGCUACACUAGGCGCCAGCUGGAAAGUUUGGGUUAGCGGUUGGGUUUUGCUAAGAGAAUCCCAACACCAUGAGUAAAUGGUCAAAUGUGAUAAUUGCCUUUCAACAGCUUAAAAUACAGCCGAGUUGUCUUUUUUGUGUGUGUGUAUAGUAUAAACUCCACUGGCCCCAAAACAAUCCUUGCCCUUGCUGUUACUACUGUGAAAGAAACACGCACAUUGCAAAAAGUGCAGACUUGUGAUGGGUUGCAAAAAAAUAAGUACCUGUGCUGUAUGCCAUUCAUUUCGCUAUUUCACUUUAAAUUUUAAUAUAAUUUUCUGGGAAGGGAGACCCCACCCCUGCUUGCAAAAAAAAAAAAAAAAUUUUUAAGAAAAGAACUAGGGGAAAAUGUUUGUAUCGAAUAAAUACAGAGGUAAAAAUCAAAAUCAUUAGAAUGUGAUUAUGGAACUCUGGCCAAUGGUUGACCUGGGGAAACUCAAUGACCUAUAUACUGUUGGAGACAUUUCCGGCCUUACCGCUAACCCAAUCCUAGCCGUCCUCUCCUAUUUACAAUUCUAAAUAAUAUUAAAAUCAUUAGGCCUAGUAAUGCAUAGGCUUAGGACUACACUACAUGUGCCUACAAACUUCCUUUUGAAAGAAAACUUUUUUACUGCAGUUAAAGCAAGCUGGAACACCACGAGAUCAUCUACCUCCUCGACCUCCUGUGAAGAGUUGCCCUCCAAUAAGCAGAGUAUUUCCUCGGCGCAAUAUUGCAUCUCUCCAUGCACAACCUGUCUCAUUUAGGCAUUCUGAAGGCUGUAUCCUUUACCUAUACCAAUAAUGUGCAUCAUGAUUGUUUCAUAUUGAAAAUUUAGUAUAUUAGCCUGCUGGGAAUAGUAAUAUUGAAUUGUUACUUAUUAGCCUAUAUAAUAUUUCUGAUUUAAUUAUUACUUCUUCCAAUAAUAUUUAAGGGGGAUGUUUCAUUAUUUUGAAAAGUGUUGUGCCAUACUCUGAAUUUAUAGUAUUUUUAUUUAUGAUGAUGUAUUCUUUACAAUUUUAAUUGCUGAAAAGCCGUCUUUUAUUUUUCUUCUUUUGUAGUCAUAGGUUUUGGUUGUCUUGUUUAUGAUUCACUUUUAUUUAGCUGGACUAACUUACACACGGGUUACUUAUUUUAGUUAAUUCUUCCUUAACAUUGUAGCAGCAAUACUGAGUCCCAGAUACAACGAAAAGUCCAAUGAUUUAUAUUUCGAGCAGAUGUUUGAAGACUCUAUACCAAUUGGAUAUGGCUCCUUUGGAGAGGUUUGUACCCUGAUUAAUUGAACAAAUUAGCACAGUUAUUACAAUUUUUUUAAUAAUUUGUGUUUCCUGCUACUAUUUGACUAGGUUAGAAUUUACUUACAUGUUUAACUGUUCUGUCUGCUUUAUAUGACUCGUAGGCAAAGAUGUUUUAAAUAAAUUAUUUACCAUAUCUGUUGCAAGCUGUAUUCUUUUCUUUUUUAAAGAAAAGCAAUUAGUAGGUUGUAUUGUAAAAACCCAUUAUAAUUUGAUUGAAAUAUAUGUAAGAUUAAGUUCAAUGUUUAAAAUGUACAAAUCUAAAAAGAAUAGGAAUGUUAUUGGCUGAUAAUACUGGGACCAGAUAUUUAGUGAUAUUGGUUAGAAACAUGCAUUAAAGACAAAAACUUUUUACAAGUGUAAAAUAUAUUUUUUAUUUUAAAAAAAAAUAUAUUAUUAAGUUUGAAUUAAAUAUACAAGUGACAAUAUUUUGGUUUCAUUUUCAGGUUUUUAAAUGCAAGAGUAAAGAAGAUGGCAAAUAUUAUGCAAUAAAAAAAUCCCGGGAACCUUUCAAGGGACAGUGUGACAGGUAAAAGCCACAAUUUCAUUUGAUAAAAAAGUUUCUAGUGUUUAUUAUUUUUAUUAAUGGUUAAUUUAUUAUUCUCCUACAUUUCUAACAAUUUAAAUCAAACAUAUGAUGGAUACAUGAAAGUUUAGAAUGAAAACUAUUAAUUUUAUAUUGAAAAAUUAUUCAAAACCUUUUAUCCAUGUAGGAAACGUAAAAUGGAGGAAGUUGCUAAACAUGAGUCUCUAUUACCACAUCCUAACUGUAUUAGAUUCUAUAAAGCCUGGGAAGAGAGAGGUCAUCUUUAUAUCCAAACAGAACUGUGUAAAAUGAGGUAGAUAUUAAUUGAUAUAAGGAGUUGUUCAGAUAUUAUUUUACAUGUGAGGGGUGUCGAGCAAUAAAUGUGAUGUCACUUUUUUUUUUUAAAUAUGAAAUCUAAAAUGUUUUGAAAAAUCUUUAUUCAAUUAAUUUUUUAUUUUUUUUUUUAAUUGAGGUCCAAAUUGCCUCAGGUAUUAUAGGUACCAUGAACCUCGGUCGCGCACACCUUUUGUGCAAAAACUGUUGUGGCCAUUUUACAUUCGGAGCGGGAUGAAUUCGUUGUUUUGCGUCCCAGAUUUCUAAUAUACUACAUCUUAAUCCAUUAUCAUUAUGGAAAAAUGUUAAAGAAUAAAAUAAAAUAUUAGUUUAGUUAUGACUAUGUUAUGUAUGGUUUUUGUUGUUUUUUGUUAGGUGUGACGUGACACUAAUAUGGGGGGGGGGGUGUAAAGAAUUUGCUACAGGGGAGGGGGGGGGGGUGUCGAAAAAAGGAAAUUUUUUUGUGUCACGUCAUUUGCAAACGACCCCUAACGCUUCUUAUUGUCUCUGCUAAGUGGUGAAGUCUUUCAGUGGUGACUAACCACUUUUAAAAUGUUAAAGGGAUGUAUCUUUCUCUACAGAUGAAUAUGUAACGAUGACUCAUUUUAAUCCUAUUUAAAUUUAUUUUUUUAAAUAUUUUUUUUUUCAGUGUGAGUGAAUUCUGUGGAAUGAACCAACAUAUCAGUGAAGGGUUAAUCUGGAAUUACAUGGUAGAUCUAUUAAUGGUAAGCAGUUAUUUAUAACUAACCUGGUUACAAGGGCCAUCUAUAUGGCACAUAGGUACUGUGGAGUGUUCGGGCCUGGCUGCGACCUGGGAGUACAGGGUUGGGGUGGAAUCCCAGAACGGGGUACUGACCAAAGGGUCUAGCCUAUCAGAUCCCACAGCACGGUAACUGACCAAGGGUUAGUUAAUGGCCAUUUAAAUGGCAAGAGGUGUUGGAACAAAUUUUAGUAUCAGCGGACAUGGCGGAACUGACCAACGAUUGUAGCUUGAAUGAUAACAUCGUGGCGAUACUAUUUGGGAACGCUAUGUGAUGGCACUGGUUGGUUAAUGUCCAUUCAAACGAAGGGAGGCGUUGGGAGAAAUUUUAGUACCGAAGAUGUAGCAAAAGAUUUAAGCCACGUGGGGGAAACUCUGGUGAUGGAGCGACCAAUUCAGGGAGAGAUAGACAGGAGAGGACAGCAACCCGGGACAGUCGGAGUUCCAAGGUUUUGAUUGUAGAGCAGAUCAAUUAAAGUGAAAGGCUACCAGUCAACUUGUUGUUACCUGAGUGUUGGAGUAAGAGAGAGAGUGAACGAGGUUACCAUUCACAUAAAGUAGUAGGAGGCACAAGACGUGACACUCGGUUUCCUUACAGUACUGAUGGUUGAAGCAUGGAGAAUGUUUGAGAUGUUGGGCGCAUGUGUGGGGAUGCGUCUUGGCAGAAACUACCAACAUUUAUUUAGAAAUACUGCCUAUAUUUAUAUAUAUAUCUCUAAUGCUUUAAAAUAUCUCACUAGGUUUUGUAAUUAUCAUCAUAAUGUUUUUCACAAGUGAACUCACUAGAGUUAUCACACAGUAAUCAGUAAUAUUUGUUCACCGUUCUAUGUGACAGGUUGCUUUGUUUGGCUGCAUCUAUGGUUCUUUUAAAAAAAAUUAGGUUCUCUGUGCCCUUUUUGAAUGUAUGUUUUCCCCAGACACCCCAUGUCAAUUUCAAACAAAUACACUUCAAAAUAUCAAAACAUUUAUUUAUUUUUUUUAAAUUUAUAAACGAUUGUUUAAACAGACCUGAUUGCUCUUACUGUUUUGGCUUACAAUGUAUUAUUUUGAGGACUUUUACGAUUGUAAGCCAAGGCCUGGUUAAAAAUCUUUAAGUAGAGUUUUAAUAUGCAAGAUUUAUUGUUAUGUAGAAGUGACACAAAUAUCACGGGCCCUUGUGGUCCACAUUGAAUAUUCCUGGCGGCCCAGCCAAUCCCUGCAUGUUAGUAACCAGUUUGCACCAGGUCUGCUAGAUUUGCUCCUGUCACAAAGAUUUCAAAGUGGAAAUUGUGUAAUAUUGCUUGGUGCUGGUUGGGGGGAGGGGGGGGGGUCCCAAAUCAAAUUUGUUUAUAUGCAGAGGGACUUUCCUAACAAGUUUGCAUGGAACAGGAGAUAAAGGGGGUUGAACUUUGUUUCAUAGAUUUUUUAAUAUUUUUGUUUCCAAAAAGGAUUCAUGUUCCUUAUAUCAGUUUGUGUUUUCUGAUAGGUUACAAAGAAGCAGAUUAACUAAACCAUUGUCUCUUACAACGUAAACUUCUGCUAUUAUACUGUGUAUACUGUUUUUCAUGUAUUUCAAAUUUGUUUUCCAGGCUCUCAAACAUUUACAUGAUUACAACUUAGUUCAUAUGGAUAUUAAACCAGAAAAUGCCUUUAUAUCAUCUGAUGGUAUUUGUAAGCUAGGGGACUUUGGACUGGUUAUAGAUCUCACUAAGGUAAGAACUGCAACAUAUUCUGUAAAGUGUAAGCAAUAAAAGCAAUGCAGAAUAGAAGAGUUAUGUAUUAGCUACUUAAGUCUGCCAUUUGUGCAAAACAAACAUUUAUAUAUAUUUAUUAUAGUAAUAGAACACCCAUCAUUAUAAUUUAUGCUGGAAUGAGAUGAAAUUAAAAUUUACUCUACAAAUAAUUUAUUUAAUAGUACCGGUAGUGUAAAAUUAAUUUUUUUUUUUUUUUUCUUUUUGUAUAAAAGUGUUAGAGAGACACUACCCCAAAAAUUUGCAAGAAGAAAUUAUUAGAAGCUAUAGAUAGCCUGUGCUUAAACUUUAAUGGUGUAUAGAAUCCACUAUUAUUAAAUAACAUUGUUCUUGUUAAAGUGAUUUUAGAGUUGCGGCUCUUGAUCAGAUAGAUGACAAUGGAAUGUAACUGAGAGUAAUAAUAGCAAUAAAAUUUUACUGCCUAAAAGAUAGGUUCUAUAAGAGUAAUCAAUAUUUGCUUUUUUAAAUAAAUCUACUAUAUAAAAAUUAUAUGUUGCAUUGUUAGGAUAAAAAUUGAGCGCUUUUUAAUGUACUAGUUUAUAAAGCUGUGUUUUGGUUUUUUAGAUACAUGUACCUAAGUACAAGUAGGCUUAAAAUAUUGGAAUAGACAAAACAAAAUUCCUACACACAAACGCUUUAAUUAAAUUGGAUUUUCCAUUUCUGGUGACAGGUUAAUUAUAAAAUACUUGACUGCUACCUCAUCAAAUAGUUUUAAUUGGGAAAUAGUGCCUUAAAUUUGUACUUUCCUAAUGUCUUGAGGUUAAAUAAAAGUAAUAAAAAUAUUUCUUUAAUAUUAGCAAACAGAUGUCUCCGAUGCCACUGAAGGUGAUCCCAGAUAUUUAGCACCGGAACUGCUAGAAGGGAAAUUCGGUAAACAUGCUGAUGUCUUUUCACUUGGAAUGUUUAUGCUGGAGAUGCUGACAGAUUUAGAGUUGCCCAGAGGUGGAGACGGGUGGCAUACUCUGCGCAGUGGCACUUUGCCUGAAGAAUUUCUCACUGGUAAGAAAGUCGUUACUACGGGGGGCGGUUUGUGACAAGCAGGCAGACCAUGACUCAGCUGUUGAACAAAACAUGAUCCCACACAUAUGGGGUAAAUUUGCCAGCUGUGGGUAAAGUCAUGGUCAUGUUAACUCUCUGCAGUCUGAUGUUUUUUUUCUUCCAAUUUUUUUUAAUAUCUUAGGUUAUUUUUUUUUUUAAUAUCUCAUUUGAAAUAGCUCUGAUCAGCUAUAUAUAUUAAAUUGUUCAUUUUUGACUCUGCUAUCAUUAGAUAUUUUUUGUUUAUUUUAUUAUUAGUUAUUAAAAUAAUAUUGAAUUUUUUAAAUUUUUUUUUUCAUUUUAAGCAAAAUUGUCACACAGUAUGAAGGGGGGGGGGGGUUUGUUAUGUUUUUUUAACAACAGCGUUACAGCGAUUUUUUUGAAGCGAUCGGCAUACUUUAAAAAUGUACAUACAUAUUUGCUAAUUUUAACGUACUAGUAUUCCCUGGGCUUAAAGUUAAUAAAAAUUAAAAUUGUUCUGUACAAUAUUGCUAAUUUUGAUAUUUUUUUUUUUUUUUAUUUUUAGUUAUUAAAAUAAUAUUUAAUUUUUUAAAUUUUUUUUUUUAUUUUAAGCAAAAUUGUCACUGAGUAUGAAGGGGGGGGGGGGUUUGUUAUGUUUUUUUAACAACAGCGUUACAGCGAUUUUUUUGAAGCGAUCGGCAUACUUUAAAAAUGUACAUACAUAUUUGCUAAUGUUAACGUACUAGUAUUCCCUGGGCUUAAAGUUAAUAAAAAUUAAAAUUGUUCUGUACAAUACUGCUAAUUUUGAUAUUAAUGCCCAAUAAAAUCCAGUUCCUCACCAAUGUGAUCUAUCUUUUCCCAUAUACCAGUAAUUUGAUAUAUCUUUGUUAUAAUCCUCACAUAGCACAGGCCGACAAACUACAGUAUUCCUAAAUUAUAUUUAUGGAUACUGAACGACUAUUAUUUCUUAAAACUUGUAUGCAUUUUUAUUAUAAUAAAUAAAUAACACUUAAGAGCUCGUACUGGACUUGUUUUCUUCACCACAGAACAUUAACUCAAUAAAAAAAAACUGUAAAAUAAACAUUUGAUUGAUUUAUAAAUAAAAUUAACACUAAUGGUAUGCUAUCAGAUAGGGGAAAAUACCAUUAAUCCUAGUCCGAAUGCCUAAAUCAGUAUAAGUAUAAAAGUAAACCAUGGUACAUAGAAAAUACAUUAUAACAUAUGUUAUAACAAUAUUGUGAGUUUAUUCUGUAUGCAUUUUGCUACCAAGUGAUUAGAUAAAAACUUACCACUAGUUGUUUUUAGAGUUAAAUCUUCAAGAUAUUCAUCCUGUAACUCUGUAACACAGUAAAAGGGUGGAAUCCGGGCUUAGUAUUUAGGAGGAAUAAGGAAUAAUAGCUUCUUAAUCCAAUAUCUGCAUUUUUCUCUCUCUCUCUCUCUCUUCCUUCCCAUUAGAGUCAAUGAGCUUUUAAUUUUUCAUUCCGUCUUGGUGUAGUCUAAACUAAUACUAGAGACAAGCGAUAAUAAUUAAAUUUAAACACAUUUCUACUAUGCAAUAUUAAAAAAUUUAGAAGAUGAUUCAUAGCAGUAACAUAUUUAAAAGAAAUAUAUUUAGGUAAUAGCUCAGAAGUCCUGAACUUUAAUUUUUAUUUUAAUUACAAUAUUUAUCUCGCAUAGCCUUUGCUAUUAAUUAAUUAUAAAAUUAUUGAAACCGUAAAAUUCAAAUACAAUCUAUCAAUAUAAGUAGAAAUGUAUAAUAUAUACUUCAGCCAAUUAAAAAUAUAAAAAUAUCACUUCAUUGUUUUAUUAUGAAUUUAAGUCGGGUAAUGAUAAUUAAAAUUAAGCUUAUUUGUUUACGAUAGCAUUAGUCUACUUUUUUUAUGUAAAUCAGGAUAAAUUCCAUGAUCAGAGUCUCCAUUUUAGUAAAUUUCUUUGAUAAAUCAUAAAAUUAAAAUCAUUUGACUAUAUUAAUAUUAGUAUCGUAUUUAUCAGCGUAUAACACGCACACUUGAUUUGCCCCCUAUUUUCGGGGAGAAAAGUGCAUGUUGUUCGCCCAUCAAGGGAUGCUCCUGACUGAAUAAGUUUCCAAAAAUUAAUUCUUUUUAAUAGUAAUUUCAAAUUUUGUACCGUAGUAAUUUCAAAUUUUGUACUGUAAUAAUUUUAAUUUUUAAAUAAGUACUAACCCAUGAAACAAAUUAUUUAAAUAAAAUAAUAAUAUAAUUUUUUAAAAUAAAAGUUAAAGUUAAAAAAUAAAUAAGCCACCCUCAAAACCUAUGGUACUAAUGAGUACCAUUUCUGUAUAGUCUGACUAUAGAGAGUUAAUUGCACAAAGUAGGGAAAAUUACAGAAAAGGCUUGAGGUAAUAACACCUAAAUGAAAAUUGUUGCCAAGAGAAGUAUCUGUAAAGAAUUGUAAAUGUUUUUAAAUUUAUACCGCUACUCUUUUCAGAUAGGAGUUAUGAUAUGAAAUAUGUGAUAAAACAAAUGAUUGAUCCGGAUUACAAGAAUCGUCCAACUGUUGAUCAGGUCUUGGCCUUUCCAUCUGUGCGAUCGGUAAGUUACUCCUCUAAUUGUAAAUUGGCUUAAUUUUUUUUUUUUUUUGCUUGUUUAAAUCACGUUGUUUUAUUGUGGGAUCAUUUUGAUGUUUUUAAAAUUGGAUGCUUUUAUUAAACAGCGCACUAGUUUAUAUUCCACUGUAUUAAAAACAGAAGAAAUACAAUAAGUAGAAUCAGACCUGUUUACUCUUAUGAUUUUGACGCACAAUGUACAAAUUUGAGAUGUCUUUUACUCAAUUUUAUUCCGUCCGGAUUCAUCCUUAUUGUAUGUACGCACCGCAGAAGGAAAAUGUGUCGAUUUUUUAGAUUUUGUCGGGGAUGGGGACAACUCUGCAGAAAAUGCUUAUGUUUCUAAAAUUCUACAAUAUUCAUCCUGAAAGUAAACAAAUAACAAAUUUAUAUAGUGAUUGCUGUAAAUUUAUCACGCAGUGUUUUGUAGGAAUCUGAUGUAUCUUUUUUUUCGGCUAUGCCUGUGCUUCUAAAAAAAAAAAAAUUCCCUGUGCCUAUGCUAAAUUCAGGUUUUCAGUGGGCUCCCUUUUUUAAGUUCUUAUAAGUACACUUCGAAAUAGCGAAUGCAUAAACUAAAUAAAAUAAAGAGUUUGGUAAAAAUAAAUAUACCGGUAACGUGUGUGUAGGUAGGUCACCAUGCGUCAUCUAGUAACUACAAAUAUUAGUUACUCAAGUGGGUUACUGUUUAAAACAUUACUGUUAGGUGUCGUAUUGGAUUAAAAGGGAAACAAUUAUGAAAAUUUAAUAUUUUGCAACACCCCUGUGAGCAAGCCGCAGCCACCCAUAUCCAAAAGGAGGGGUUGCAAUACCCAUAUCCAAAAGAAGGGGUUGCAAUGCAUGUGGUUAUUCCAUUUUGUAUACAUUAUAUAUAUUGUAUGUUUAUUUAUUUACUAUUAAGAUACUGUUUUAUACGAUUUUUGUAUGAUUUAAGAAGUUUGAGGGUAAACAGGUCUAUAGAAUAUAUUUGUAUCAAAUAAGUUAAAAUUUGAUUUCAUUCUUAUAGAAAUUAGUAUGCAAUAAAUUUUCCCCUUGAAUAUGCCCAUGAAUGGGGGAAAUCACAAUUAUUGGUAUCUUUAUUGCAGGUGUUCAAGGCCAGAAUGAAAAUUUAUGCAUUCCCGAUCUCAGUAAGUAGACUAACAAUAAUUGAAUGAGGCAAUAAGGGUGGACGAAAAAAAAUUGUUUUUUAUACCGUAUGAAAUUAUUUGUAGUGUUCUGACAUAUUAGUAUUAGAUGAUUAUAAUGACUUGGUCAAAAUUAGUGUUCAGCUAUAAAAAUUUAAGUUGGACAGGUCUAAAGGCCACACUUUGUUUGUUUCAGAGGGUGACAAGGGCCUUAAAAAAUUCUCAAUUAGCAUUAACCACAAACAACAAUGAUUCAAACCUGCUCAAUGGACUAAUACGAAAAGAUCUUGAUAACACAUUCUCAGAUGGUACGUCUUACUUGGAAUAAACUUUCUUUAUAAAUAUAAUCUAUAGUAUUUAAUAAAGUAAACUUUAUGAAUGAUGCCCAUGUUUACCUCCAUUUUCAUUAUAUCCCAUAACUCAGAAUAACUGCAAUAUUUUUUGUUAUAGAUGACUUGAUGGAUGAUCAUGGAUCACGAAAUACAUCUGAUUUGCUUAACUCCUCUGAUGAGUUUCUUAUGCCAAGGUAAACCUGUCUAAUCCCUUCAUGUUAAUGGCAAUGUAGAAUUGAUAUUUUACCAACUAUUUAAUCCCAGACCUGUGUAACCCUGGGUCAGUGUCAGUGUAGUUUUCAGCUCUCAAAAACUCAAAGGGUAGUUUUAGACAAAAUACAUGUUGUGUAAGGGAAUCCACUCAACUGCUUAUGUAAAUAUAAGUUAACUAUAAAUAUACAGGAUAUAGUCCUGCGAUUUGUUUAAGGAUGAGACAAGGUCAUUGGCAGUUGAGGCGAAAUGUCAUCUAGGGGUAGGUCCCCUCCGAACGGCCACAGAAAACAAUAUCAGAGUCUAAAACUGUUUCUUUUUUGCUUCAAAGAAAUUCACGAGAUGGUUUUGAUCAAAUAAAUAUUCUUUAAUUAUUUAAAAAUAAACACAAACCAACAUUAAAUCAUUCCAUAAGGCAGUGCUACUUCCGUACUUAAUUUAUUUGCCUGAGAAAGAGAAUUAACUCCGUUUUGCCAUUGAUUUACAUUUGUAAAAUAUUUUUUUAAUCUGCUAAAUAUUAUGUAAUGUUAAUGAAUUAAGAACAAAUGCACCAAAAAAUGGAUACUGUCUAAUAAAAAAAAUAACAUUAGCGAUGAAAAGAUAGCGAACAAUUAUUUAAAAAUUGAUUUUUGGCAACUCGGGCAACACAUUCCACAUAUAGACGCGCCGUACUAAAGCACUCAUAGUUUAAAAGUGAAACAAGAUAAAAACUUCAGUUUUUUUUUUCUUCAGUUUUUUAAAUUUAAAUCACGCCAUCGCAGGAAGUCUCGAGGCAUGCGAGAUUUCGUUGCUAUUUUAAAAUAGAAAUGAGAGAGGGGACGCAUCCGCCGAAACCCCCUAAGGAGGCAUUUAGUCGGGAAUAAGUUAAUGGCUUCACACCAUAUAAAUGACAACUUCUGUCCACCAUCAAAAAUUACUUAGCUCAGUAGAAAACAUCCACUCACUCCCUAAAGAAUGCCUUCUUGUGCUCAUAACAAAAUAUAUCGCACCACACCGGAAAUGCAUCAUAGCACAUUUAUGACUUGGUAAACACAAUAAUGAUAAAGUUUAUUUGAAAAACACGCUUCAUCCCCAAAAGCUCGAAGCGCUGUACAAAGUCAACCACAUUAUAAAGAGAAAUAAAAACAAUCUAAAAUUUACCACAUUUAAAAAACAGACGCAACAAUAUAAAACUACAUACGAGCAUACCAAGUCAAAGUCUUUCAUCCCGUUUCAACCAUAAGCAACACAGGCCAAUAUACAAUAACUGAAAAAGAUGGUAUAUAGCACCACCAUAGAUGGUGAGUUUUUAAAUCGGUUUUAAAGGACUCCAGUGUCUGGCUGUUUCUGAGAGCGACUGGAAGGGCGUUCCAAAUUGUUGGGCCAGCAAAUGCAAAAGUGCACUUUCCGUAAGGCUCAAGGCAAACACACAGUAUCGAUAUUUUGCCACUAUCGGAUGAGCGGAGCUCUCUAGUUGGUACAUAAGGCGUCAUGGGUGCUUUGAGAUAAGAUGGCGCCAGGUCAUGUAAGCAGCGGUAGCACAAAGUUGCAAUUUUUUACUCUAUGCGAGCGCGGACCGGCAGCCAGUGCAGCUCUCUCAGAAGUGUUUUAGCAUGGUCGAGUUUGCGAAGAACAAUGCGAGCCGCAUUAUUCUGUGCUCUUUGAAUUUUAUCCAGGAGCGUCGCUGGGAGACCCACCAUGAGAGCAUUACAGUAGUCCAUGCAUGAUAACACAAAUGCAGACAUCAGCCUCUUUGAUGCAUCUAAGAAAGGUCUGAUAUGACUAAUCCUGCGCAGCUCUGGGAAAAUUGCCUUGCAAAGCAUGUUAAUGUGAUUUUCCAUAGUAAGUGUUCUGUCUAAAUAGACACCCAGAUCUCGCACUGUAUGAGCAAACUCAAUCUGCAUACCUGAUAGAGUAAGUGAUGUGUUUUUUACAGAUUUUUGUUUCUGAGCAGAGGCAAUGGGAUCAGCACAGUCUUUUCAUCAUUCAAUUUGAGCUUGUUUAUGGUCAUCCAGUGCUUAACUGACUCCACUGUCUUCUGUGUCGUACUAAGAAGUUGAGGGAACUGAGAGGGAUCACGAAUUGAUAAAGUUGUGUAACAUCCGCGAACACGUGAUAAGCAUGUCAAAUUGCUUGAUCACUGCACCCAGUGUCUGAACGUACAUAGUGAAAAGCAUCAGGCCUAAGACCGAGCCCUGGGGUACCCCGAAUUCAAUUAUAGAUUGCUUCGAGGUCAAGCCGUUUGAAAUAACUGACUGGACCUGAUUUGUCAUAUACGAGUGAAACCAUCUCAGUAUAUGUAAGACCGAACAUAGCACGUUUAUGACUCACUCCCUAAACAAUGCUUUCUUGUGCUCAUAACAAAUAUAUCGAACCAUGUCGGAAAUGCGUCAUAGCACAUUUAUGACUUAGUAAACAUGGUGCGAUUAUAUGGGGAAGUUCCAAAGGAAAAACAUUGCUCACUGUUAAAAAUAUCAAUCCAGACACAAUGCGAUCUGACCGUGACAGCAGCUAAGUAUUAACAACCCAAUUCUCUAAAUGAUAAUAUUCUGGUUGGUUUAUUGAAAUAAGUUAUUCUUAUUCCCUAACGGUGUUAACACAAAAAAAGCUGUAACUUUUUGCUGACUACGCCCCAAUUAUUUUUUAGUUAAAAUAAACCAAAUGCCAAAAAAACUCUCAAACCGUAAUUUUUUUAAGACUUACUGUAAUCCAAGUUUUAAAAACCUAGUUAUGUCAAAACUGUAGGGGAAACAGAUAUGCUACCUUUGUUUUAGAUGUUCACCCUUACAAAAACAUGUUUCACAACAAAAUGUACAAGACUGUGGAUGUGUAACAACAAAAUGUACAAUACUGUGGGUGUGUAACAACAAAAUGUACAAUACUGUGGGUGUGUGGUGCUUACUAAACAGUUCACAAAACUUUGGAAAUGAGUGGAUGCUGUGUUGAUGGUAGAUUGCAUUGUACACCAAAUUAGAGUUGGGAUAACAACCAGUGUUCAGAUAUUUCGCCAGGGGAUGAAUUAUUUUGUUAUACAAUUUUAUUUAACUUGCAAUUUUUUUCUGGGUUGAAUUGUGCAUCUCAAUUUUGACCCACUUCCUGAUCACCAACAGACCACAAACGGACAGCAAAGUUUAUAUAAAAAAAAAAAAAAAAGAUACCUUCACAACCCACAACUGCCUUAACCUUGAGGUAAUUUUUUUUUUUUUUUUUAUUUAUUUAACUUGCAAUUUUUUUCUGGGUUGAAUUGUGCAUCUCAAUUUUGACCCACUUCCUGAACACCAACAAACCACAAACGGACAGAAAAGUUUAUAUAAAAAAAAAAAAAAAAGAUACCUUCACAACCCACAACUGCCUUAACCUUGAGGUCAUUUUUUUUGUUUUUUUUCCCUUCAAGUCUGAAAAAAAAAACAUUUCUAAGUUCUCAGCACAUGUUCUUGUGAGGGCCGUGUAACAUUUUAUUCUUUAUAAAUUCUAACAGGCUUCUUUAAAAAUUAUUAUUGCAGCAAUCCUCCUCCCAGGCGGGCGUAUACAACACCUGCUGUUCGUAGGCGACCUGCUACAUCCAUUAUGAAUGGGUCUCCAAUUAAAAGGUAAGCUUUUUUUCCCUAGCCUGAUUUCUUUUGUUAUAAGCAAGUACUCAUUUUCUUAAUGUUUAAUCUGUUAUUCCUUUUUAAAUCAUUGCCGACGGUUGCGACUAAAUGCGUCCUUGGGGGGUUUCGGCGGAUUGGUCCCGGUGCAUAGCGACACACACCUCUCAUUUCUAUUUAAAAAUAGCAAUGAGACUUCUGGAGAAUUAUUCAGGGUGGUUUCAAUUUAAAAGCCAGAAGUUUUAUCUUGUUUCACUUUGAAACUAUGUUUGCUUUAAUAUAGUGAGUCUAUAUGUAGCAUGUGUUCGUCCGAGGUUCCGAAAAUCAUUUUUUUUUUUUUUUUUAAAGGUGGGGGAGUAGGAUCGAGGUCGAAUAUGGAUGGCACUCGCGUCUUACGGGUUACGGGUUCUCAAGGUAUUAAACCACAAUCGUGCUAUAUGAAUUUAAAUUUUUUUUUUUUUUUUUUUUGGUAAUUGUUCGUUAUUUUUUCGUUGCUGAUGUCAUAUUUUUAUUAAACCUAAUUCAUUUUUUGUUGCAUUUGUUCUUAGUUCAUUAAAUAUUAAUUAGCAGACUAAAUAAAUAUUUUACAAAUUAAGUCAAGUGCAAAUCGGAGUUACUUCCCUCUCUCAGGCAUAUAAAUUAAGCCUGGUAGUAGCACUGCCGUCGGGAAUGAGUUCAGUAAAAAUAUUUAAGUUACCAUUUGAAUGGAUUUUUCUUAUUGAUGUAAACCCAAUAUAUAUUUUUGUUUCUAGUAACAUUUUUCUGAAUGUAAUAAUAAAUAUGCUCUAUGAUUUUAAUUUUGUCUACAGGCUUCUUUUCAACGAUAGUAUGACUAGUACCCCAUCUACAACACAUAGUUCAUCUGUGAGUAGUGAACACCGCAGCAGCCCCAAUGAUGAGGAUGACCGUUCAGGCACACCACCCCCAAUUUCAUCAAUUGCCAAGAUGGACUGGGAUGAACCAAAACCAGGGAUUGAGCCUAAGAACUUAUUGAAUAUGUUUCAAGAUGCUAGUGAUGAAGAGGACAAUUAAACACAGGCACAAAGCUACAAUGCAAGUUUUAAAUGGAUGUACACUUUACUUGAAAUAGUGCAAAGUUUUUUAUUAAGAAUAAUAAAUAAUUUGUGUUGGUGAAAAGACUUAAGUCACUGUUGGUGGUUUGCCUUCUUUCAUUGUUAAGUUACGAGAAGUGAAGGAACAAAUAAUGUUAAAUUACAGCUGGUAGAUAAGCUGCACAUCCUUAUAUUUAUCUUCUCAUUAGGGUUUUGUUGACAUUUUUUAAUGUCUAUUCAGUCGGAUCAUGGCCUCGGACUAGAUAUUGUUCUUUGAAUAUUUUUCAACACUUAUUUUAUUUAAGUGGGUUGGUGGUGUUUUUGGGGUCAGUAUUUAUUAGAGUCGUCUUUUUUUUUUAAUGGAAGGACAGUGUUUAUAUUCUCUUACUCUUAGUUGUCCAAAGGGUAGUCCACACUCACGACGACAUUCAGUGUUCAAAACUUGUUACAGCUUUUUCUAACUCUUUUUUUCCUCCCUUCUUUUUUAACACGUUUCUAUAAAUCAAAAUUACAUUUUUCUCUCA